CCCUGCACACAGCCAUACUGCACCCCCAUGUUGCACUGUGUGCAGGGGGAGAGAUGGGGCCGGCGCUGUACUGUGUGCAUGGAAGGGAGCGGCCAGCGCUGUGUGCACUUUGCUGUCUGAAGUUGAACUCGGUACGUCUCCACUGGUAACGCGGCCAGUGACGGAUAAUGAGACGCGCAGUAAUGACGUCGGUGGCAGCGCGACUGUCGGCCUCGUCGCAUUGCAUGCCGGGAGGCCGGGGAAUAUUGCCGUGGUGGAAGACGCGGUGACACCUGCAGAAAAGUCCUCCAAAAUGGUGGGAGCGCAGGAAAUGGAAAUUCAAACUUCGUCAAUACAACAGCAGCCGCCUGUGCAGUCAGCAGAGACCAGUAGCCACCAGUACGAGUGUCAUGAAUGUGGCAAAGUGUUCAAGUGGUCUUCCAGACUUAUUCAUCACCAAAGAACUCAUACUGGAGAGAGGCCGUACAAGUGUUCAGAAUGUCCGAAGGCGUUUAAAGGCUCUUCAGCACUUCUCUACCACCAGAGAAGCCACACCGGGGAACGUCCUUAUAAGUGUGGGGAUUGCGGCAAAGCUUUCAAGCGCUCGUCUUUAUUGCAGAUCCACCAGAGCGUUCACACAGGGUUCCAGUCUUUCAAAUGUAAUGUCUGUGGAAUGGCGUUCAAGUGGUCCUCUCAUUAUCAGUACCAUAUGAGGCAGCAUACCGGGGAGAGGCCGUACAAAUGCAACAUCUGUGAGAAGGCCUUCAAAAACUCCUCCAGCUUAAGGCGACACAGGAAUAUUCACACAGGAGAAAGGCCUUAUGUGUGCACCGUGUGCGGCAAGGCUUUUACGCAGUCCACAAACUUGAAGCAACACGAGCGUAUACACACCGGAGAACGUCCCUACAAGUGCGGCGAAUGUGGGAAAUCCUUCACACACUCCUCCAACCUUCUCCUUCACCAGCGCACGCAUAACGGCGGCAUUACACACAAAUGUGACUUGUGUGGCAAAGUGUUUAUCUCUGACGCUUUCCUGCAAAAGCAUUUGCAGUCGCACACGAUUGAACAGACUUUUGUGCAAGCUGGCACGGAGGUUUUCCUGACCACUACAGAGGACAUGGAGACGUUGGAGAUGCUUUAUAAAUGUGGCACAUGUGACGGGACGUUCAAGAAUGAGGACUUGCUACUCGAGCACCAGCAGAGUCACGCUGAAGAGCAGAUCUACUCUUGCAUUUCUUGUGAUAAGACGUUUAAAAGUGCCUCAGGGCUAUCACGCCACCAGUAUACUCACUCUAACGAAAGGCCUUAUAAAUGCUCCAUUUGCGAGAAGACGUUUGUGCAGCUCUCCAACCUCUUGAUGCACCAGAGGACCCACACGGAGGAGCAACAGCUGAUACAAACAGAGGCAGAGGUCACAUGCCCACAAACCAUUGAAAUUGUUCAGCCCUUUACCGCUACGGCCCCUCCGGAGACGGUAGACCGUCCAUAUAAAUGUACGGACUGUAGUAAAGCCUUCAAAGGUUCCUCAGGGCUCCGUUACCACAUGCGAGACCACACAGGAGAACGCCCUUACAAGUGUUCAGAGUGUGGAAAAGCUUUUAAGCGCUCUUCUCUGUUGUCAAUCCACCAGCGAGUACACACUGGCGUGAGAGCCUUCAAAUGCGCCGAGUGCGGGUUAACGUUCAAAUGGUCCUCCCAUUAUCAGUACCACUUGCGACUACAUACCGGGGAGAGGCCCUAUAGUUGUACGGAGUGUGGCAAGACAUUCAAAAACACCUCUUGCCUCCGCCGGCACCGGCAGCUGCACACGGGCGAGCGCCCGUUUGCCUGCGUCAUGUGCGGCAAAACCUUCACUCAGACUUCGAACUUGCGUCAGCACGAGAGGACCCACACCGGGGAGAAGCCGUAUAAGUGUGAAAAGUGUGACAAAACUUUUACCCAUUCAUCUAAUUUGCAGCUACACCAGCGCACGCACUCUAGUGACAGACCUUACAGGUGCACCGUUUGCGGCAAAGGCUUUGUCAUGUCCUCAUAUCUCCAGAGACAUCUGCGUACCCAUGCUACAAACACUGGAGGGGAUGGGGAUUUGGCUGCCCAAACACUGGCACCCCUGAAUGGACAGGUCACACCCACCUCACAGAAAGUUCAAAUGGUACAGGAUAUGCCUGCAACACUGAAUUUUGAAGUCUGCAACCAACCUAACGCUUUAAAUUCACAAACUUUUUUCCUGGUGCAAGUCCCACAACAGAACCCUCCAAAAUUUAUUCUGCUACCCUCUGCCCAAGUAUUGCAGUCCCAGCAGAAGGUAGUACCCAAUACUUCCAACGUAGUUACGAUACAGAACAAUACAGGUCAGAAAAAUCAGCAGACCAAGGCUCCACGGAAGAGAUCAAAGCAAAAAACAACCAAUAGCCUUAAUUUUACAUCUCCAAACAAGAAUGUUCUCAUUAUGCCGAAUACUUGUCCGAAAAUCCCCAAUUUGCAGCCUCUUCAAUUUCAAACGAUUCAGAGCUAUCCCAGAGCCCAAACGGUGCCCGUGGGUCAAAAUUUCAUCUUUUUACAGAAUGUCUCAGAGCAAAACCCUUUGCAACUACCAACAAUGCAAAUAAACCCAAGUUCCGUACAGAAGACUGCAAACAUACAAAUUCAACAGGUACCCAAUACACAGGAUGUAACCAUACAGAACAUACCAAGCUCUCAGGAAGUGUCAAAUAUUCAGUUUAAAACUUUACCAUCUUCAGAAGACCUGUCUAAUAUGCAGACCUUCUCUAGCUCCCCAAUUAUACCUAAUGUCCAUAUCCACCAAGAACUAUCCAAUGUCCAGCUCCAGGCCAGCCCAACGACAACACACAUUUCCGACCUUCACAUACAGGCUCUCCCAGAAUCCCAAAACGUCUCCAGCUUACAGGAGAGCCAGAACCUAAUAGUUGUGCAGAAUUCUCCAGGUGAGGAGCUUUUAAGCACCACGGAGAGCGUGGAAAGCUUGCAAUCCAUGGAAGAAGUUCAGGAUGUCCACUUUGAAACCCUCCAGACGGAAGACGGUUUGCAGAACGUUUUGGUCUUACAAAAUGCUGACGGGGAGCAAACACGGUUGUGUGUGCAAGGAGUGGAAAAUAUUCAGGGCAUUCAAGAUGUUUCUAAUGUCCAACUUCAAGCCAUGUCUACUAUGCAGGAGUCUGGUAACGCUGCCCCAGAAUGUCAAAAAGUAUUUAUUAUCCAGGGCUCUCAGGGGGAGCAGACCCUCCAAGUGGUCGAUAACUAUCAGAGUGAUCAAAAUCUGCAUCUAGUAGAGAACAUUCAAGGAUUGCAGGUUGGGCAGAACCAGCUUCAGUUGGGACCAAGCGUUCAGAGCCACAACACUGUGCAGCUUCCGCAGAACUUGCAGUUGAGGACUGUAUCAAGCGGUCAAGGACUUCAAGCUGUUCAAAAUGUGCAGAGCCUGCAGAAUCUACAGUCCGUCAAUGCAGGAAACCAGAACGUACAGACCAUCCAGUUGGUCCAAAAGAAUUCUGUUCAGGGAAUGCAACAUGUAUUGCCAUUUAUUCAGAUAGUGCAGGCUGCGCCAAAGGUACAGCUUGUCCAUACGUUUUAAUGUUGCCUACAUUACAGUGAUAGUAGCUGUUGGACAGUGUAACACCUGUAUAGACAACCUAACAUACAGCUGGCAUCCUGGUGAUCAGCAAAGAUUUGGGAUACGUACGUCUUGUUCGCAUUCAAGAUAUUGACAAGCCAUAUGUAGACCACAGAACGCCGGCAUCGGGCGAGCGACGAGUGAAAUGCAACUGAAAACAUUUCACGGGCAACGUCAGUACAACUAUAUAAUAACAAUAACGCGAUUAACUGUCCACCUGUUGUUGACUUAGGUCUUGAUGACAUCACACAUGUCGACAAGACCACUACAUACCGAAGACUUCUCGCCUCUGCUACGAUGUCCCUAUAAUCCCUUUCUUAAGAGUUGGCCUUGUGAAGCAUGGAGGUGGUUUAAGGGAUUUGAAGGAAAUUUAUUUAAAGCUACAGCCUCUGCUAUAAAAUGUAAUAUAUUGUUUAUAGUAUGUGUAAUGAUAGAAUUUUUAGCAAUAGUUUGGUUGAUGAUAUACAUAAGUUUUGGUUUUUUUUUGUCAACCUACAAAAAAAACUUUAUUGCACUUUCACGGGGAGGAGGGGUGGAGCCAAUGCUCUGCUUUCUGUAUCCCCUGACAACCUCUAAUGUUACAGCAGGCGCAUGGAUUUUCCUGUAGAAAUAGCCAGGAGUCGAGAACUAAGAACUAAUACAAAAAAAAAGUGGAAAUAAUGUGUGUGGAGAUAGAUAGAUAGAGAUAUAUAUAUAUGUGUGUGUGUUCCUUCUAGGAAUGAAAUAGGGCAGGGCACCGGACUCCGGGGGCAUAUCUGCGCGCGCGCGUCCGAAACGGGGGCGCGGCCAUGUAAAUUAGGGGGCAUGGCUAUGGAAACGUCAUUUUAGUGGUCGGUGCGGCCCACAGACGUUGCUAUAGGGGGCGUCUGUGGCCGGCGACGUCACUGUUGGGGGCGCGCCAGCACCGACGGGUUUGCUGGGCUUCCCCCAGCUCUCUCCCAUAGCGUGAAUGGAUGCCGUGCGCAUGGCAUCUUUACAUGCUGGGAGGGCAGGAAGCGGGUGGCUGUUCUAGCAGGGCGCCGCAAAAGGGGCAGGGCGGAUUUUGCCUUUAAAAAAUCGGGCGCGGCACCCUGCUAAAACAGCCUAGCGUGAACACUAUAUAUAUAUAUAUAUAUAUAUAUAUAUAUAUAUAUAUAUAUAUAUAUACUGGUAGAUUAUAAAUAGUACUGUUACACCGGCAGAUUUUCACAUUUGCCGAAGUCCUUGAAAUUUGCAUGGCUUGCUUUGUUGGGAAAGUGAUAAUCCUGUACACAACUAUAGGGGAGGUACGGUAUACCAGACUAUCUUGGAUGUUUUUUUUAAAGCGGCAAUCUUUUAUAAGGCAUGGUUUAGCCUUGUAAAUGAUUGCCGCUUUAAUAAGACCUGCGACCGACAUCCCGCACCUCUGACCAACUGUCUGACCCUAUUAGGUAUUUCCCCUUAUGUACAACGUCUAAUGUCUCGCAUUCUGUGUAGGUAUAAUAGUGUGUAAUGUGUACACACACAUACCUAGGAAUUCGGUAUCUUUACCAAAGUUUUCCUUUAAGGCAAACAGGAAUUUAGUCCUGUUUCGUUUGUCAGGGGAAUCUCAGAAAUCUAUAAAUGUUAACAAAACAAUAUUUAACUAGUUAAACUUAUCAAAUCUGCUUUUUGUUUGACUGACAACCGCGUCUAUUUAUUUAAACACAAAAAAAAAAAUAGUAAUUAUAUGUUGUAAAGAUUAUGCUCAAAAUGAAUUUGCAUUGUGACAUGUUUUCCUUAGUUUCUGAUAUUAAAUGAGUGUUAAAUCUAAUUAUUUUUUUCUGUAAACAGCCUUAAGAAAAAGCUAAAAUAAUAGCUCUAAUAAGCAAUGAUUAUGACCUUGAUAUUUAAACAAGGACUACACAUUAUUAUUUUUGCAAUUUGAUGCAAUGACUUACACUAGGAUCCAUAUUCCUGCUACCUUCUGGCGGAAAUAAAUCAUUUACUAAAGCUAUUCUCAGCAUAUUGUUUAGCCAAAUUGUAUGAAUUGAGGGCCCAAUUCAGACCUGAUCGUAUAUGUGCUAAAUACAGUACCUCUACGAUCAGUUACUCUGACAUGCGGGAUGACGCCCAGCACAGGGCUAGUCCGCCCCGCUUGUCAGGCCCUGCCCCCCUCCUCUGCAAGGUUGCAAAAGCAUCGCACAGCAGCGAUGCUCUUGCACCCGACGAGUAGUAGCUGCACUGGCGGGCGCUACCCGCCCUCGUCCCGUGACGUAAUGGCUGCGCGUGAUGUCACGCAGCUACCGUCACACGCCCUCCCCCCCCCCCCCCCGCGCAGUGCUCCGGACACGCCUGCGUUGUCCGGACCCCGCCAACGGCCGGUCAGUCAGGCAGAGGCGAUCGCAGCCCUGAGAUUCUGUUAGCAUCUCACGAGCCUCCCCAAAGGGACUUUAGACUGCGAUCGCUGCCGCCGCAGCGAUCCAGUCUGAAUUACACCCAGAAUUAGGAAAAAAUAGUCUGGAUCGCAGACUCUCCCUUCUAUAGUAAAACUAUACACACAAGGACGAUGGAUCGGCCGCCUGGCUGAUCUGCAGACCUAUGUAAUGAUUGGUAAGUGAAUAUACACUUACCAAUCGUCGGCCCGAUGUGUUGUACCGGACGUCACAACUGUGCGGGCAUUUACAUGUACACACAGCACGAUGCACCGAUAUAUCUGCAGAUUUUAUCGGCUGUGCUGCACAGCCGUCGCGAUGUCUCUGAACGACAUGGUUCGCAUAUAUGGUACACACCUGCCGACGCACCCAUGAUAUAUCGGCCAGUGUGUACCAAGCUUAAAUUUAUUGUUAGUUUUUCAGAAAAGUUGUUAGGUUUUUCUUGUGUCACAAGACAAAUCUCCAUGGUUUGAAGUUCUGGAGACAGGUUUUCCUCUACCGUGGUUUGAGCUCUCAUUUUAAGUGUAUUAACAAUUUUGUUCCUUGUCAGCACUACAGAGUAUUAGCGUUUGUGGUAGGUGUUUAUAAGCUCCCUUUGUACUGCUACCCUAGUAAACGCGCAGGGACUUCCUGUUCUGUGUUUUCAUGCCUUAUAUAUUUAUUCAAGCUCUUAAGAACAGAAACAGGAAGCUGGCGUGCACGGGAAUAUCGCCUCCCUACAGAGCAAGGCGUUUUAAACUGUAAACUGUUACAGACCUAUAUGUCAACAUUACAGUGUCUCCAUGUAGCUUUAGUUGUAACACAUUAAACAGGUUUUAUGCUGUAAAUAUGUACUAUGUAUGACCUGACAAGACCUGCAAUUCUUUUGAUUAAACCUUUGCACACGUUUUGAAGGA